CUCUCUUCUCUUUCCCUCCCUUCUUCUCUCUCUCCACCACCACCGUCAGCAUCGUGUUUCUUCCUUCCCCCCCCUCCUCUGUGCUACUCCUAUCAUCAAAUCUCGCGCACCGACAGUCCGACAAGAGCAUUGAACUCUAAGAGACGCAACCAAACAGUUUUUUUUUCUCUGUUGCAGAGAGAGAGAGAGAGAGGGAGGGAGGGAGGAAGGGAGAGCACCCGCCACCCAUCUCUGCAUAAGUUUCCGUUUUUCUCUACUGGGUUGAAUCUUUCGUUUUCCUGAAUCUGGAGGGCUGCAGUUCUGGUUUCGAGAUUUCAUCUGGGUAAUUGAGUUUCCAAGUAAAGGAGGAAUCUUUGGAUCUCAGUCCGGGUCAACUCGGUCAACAUUCGGGUCAGUGACGACUUGGAUGCCAUGAGUUCCUUCUCAAUCUGAAGCUUAGCGAAUUUUUUUUGGCCUUGCAAAGUUUCGGAAUUUUAGAAGCAAACCAUGAGUUGGAAGAACAGAGGGUUCGAGCAGAAUUCGAAGAGUGUGGUGUCAAGGAAAUGGACUCUGCUCCUUUGUAUUGGCUGUUUCUGCACAGGGAUGCUCUUCUCGGAUAGGGUUCUGGUUUCCAUUUUCUACAGUUUGUCUCUUGGCAGCAGAAUGUGGUCUGUGCCGGAAGUUAAUGACAUGCCGGGUACAAAGAUGGUUGAAGAUGGGAAACUCAAUUUCGUUGCAGAAGGAUGUGCCCCUCAAAAUAAGGAUGUAAAUCAUGAUUCCAAGGACGUAAUGGGGGAAGUUUCAAAGACACACCAUGCAAUACAAACUCUCGAUAAGACGAUUUCUAGCCUGGAGAUGGAAUUAGCCGCAGCAAGGGCUGAACAGGAGUCUAUGCUCAAUGGUUCUCCGAUAUCAGACAAUUUGAAAGCCUCGGAAUCAACUGGGAAACGGAAGUAUUUGAUGGUUGUAGGCAUAAACACUGCUUUUAGUAGCAGAAAACGAAGAGAUUCGGUUCGUGCAACUUGGAUGCCUCAAGGUGAUAAGAGGAAGAAGCUGGAAGAAGAGAAGGGCAUCAUAAUGCGCUUUGUCAUAGGUCACAGUGCGACAGCUGGAGGGAUCCUUGACCGAGCCAUUGAAGCAGAAGACAGGAAGCAUGGUGACUUCUUGAGAUUGGAGCAUGUUGAGGGUUACCUUGAACUAUCGGCGAAGACAAAGACAUACUUUACCACCGCAGUUGCCUUGUGGGAUGCAGAGUUCUAUGUUAAAGUUGACGAUGAUAUCCACGUCAAUAUAGCUACACUAGGAGCAACUUUAAGCAGUCACCGCUCAAAACCCCGAGUUUACAUAGGAUGUAUGAAGUCUGGCCCAGUCCUCGCACAAAAGGGAGUGAAAUACCAUGAACCUGAGUACUGGAAAUUCGGCGAGGAAGGAAACAAGUACUUCCGUCAUGCUACCGGACAAAUAUAUGCCCUUUCAAAUGACUUGGCUACUUAUAUAUCAAUCAACCAGCAUGUACUGCACAAGUACACAAACGAAGAUGUCUCGCUCGGGUCAUGGUUGAUAGGGUUGGAUGUGGAGCAUAUCGAUGACAGGAGACUCUGCUGUGGCACCCCACCUGAUUGCGAGUGGAAGGCUCAGGCAGGGAAUGUGUGUGUUGCGUCCUUUGAUUGGACUUGCAGUGGAAUCUGCAAAUCUGUUGAGAGGAUGAAGGAGGUCCACCGACGUUGCGGGGAAGGUGAAAAUGCAUUGUGGAGUGCGCAACGUUGAAAGGCCACAUAACUUGUUCUUCCUAACUCAGGAGGAAUACCCAGAAAUGAAAAGUGAGCCCUCGAUGCUCUCCAUGGGAUGUGGAUAUGACCGAUACGGGAGAUGUGUUUGUUUCUUCGCAGAUAUGAAGAGAAGAGAAGAGUUGAGUGGGUUCUGAUCCAUUUUAGGCAAGGACAGAAACCCAGUAGCAGUUAGGAGCGAUAGUAACAGUCUCUGCAAUUGUUUGAUUCUUUUUGUACAUGGUUGAAAGGGGGGUCAGUUUGCAAGUUUUGCCAUGCCAUGGCAUAAGUAUACACCUUAAUAAGUGCCGCAAGGUUAUCUUUUGCUUUCCCAAUCCAGAAAUAAGCUUUUGUUUCUAAAGCAUAGUAUCAUUUUUUUCCUUUUCAUGAUUGACGAUGAAUGAUGAUACACACAGUUUAUCCUGAGAU